AUGGACAAUAACGACCAGAACACCGGCUCUCCUGAGCGCGCGCAGCGCGCGUUUCUCCCCCCGCACGACACAUAUGCACCCUACCCCUACUCCUACCAGCACUCCAACACGUACUCUGGGCACGAGCACACUUCGUCUCAUCAUGUCGCACCGGGCGGCGGUCACCACGUCCAGGAGCCCAUGAUCCCAACCGGAUACCAGUACCCGGCGCAGGGCAACAUGGCCCGAGCGCUCGAGCUAGAGGCGUAUGGUAACGGGGUCAACAAUGCCGACCAAUGGACACAAAUGAAUGGCGCCUCUACGAUGACCUAUCAGCACGGUGUCGGGGUGCAAAACAUGUUUGCGCACCAAAGCGGGGUCUUUCCUACCGCCCACGGGCCUGUGCAGGUCCUAAACUCAUGGCCACCCGCAUCUGUGAUGCAGCAACAACGAUGGCACUCGGCACUGCCCGCAACGGAUUACGCACCUCAGUUUGCGCAGGACCCUCCGGACGUCCUCGUAUCUUCACCAAACAUGCAACAUCAGAGCGCGGUCCUGUCCAAUGGAUGGAUGAACGACGCACUUGGACUCGACUUGAACUUCACCACAACGCCCGCUUCGAGAACAACGCCCUUGCCAGAGAACUUCUCUCUUGACGACGCAGGGCAGUACCUUGCCCUCCCUCCACGGCCUCAUCCCGUCUCGCCCAUCGACAUUCCAAUCGGUCACGGGCAGCCGUACAGCAGCCCUGCGUCUUCCAGCAAUGGGUCGCCCGGUUUCUUCGACUUCUUCGACGACGGAAGCUCCGCUUGCGGUUCAUGGGCUAGCCCCUGCAGCCCGAGCGCCAACUCUCUCGCAGCGUUUUCCCCUCACGCAAGUGUCAUGCCGUUGGCACCCGCAUCGACAUCGCCCAACGCCCUCGCCUCGUCAUCCGCGCCGUUGCCACAACCGUCCCCAUCCAAGCCCACCGCACAGCUCCCGAAGAGCCGCAAGCCUCGCAAGAAACGCGCGUCCGACCCGCUUUCGCCCAACCGCGGGAACCGGACACCGGUCUUCAAGUCGGAGGAGCACUGGGCAUCGGAGCAUCGGGGCCUCAACGGCGUGUUCAUUGAACCGAGGAAAGCGACGAAGGACGAGGUGGCGCACUAUCUGGCGACGACCAAACGCCAAUCGAGGGUUCCGGGUAACGGGACAGGGCGAGAUGAGAUAGUUGUCUGCGCAUGCGGGCUGGUUGCGAAGCGGAAGACGAUCGACGACAAGCACAGGUCGUACAACAGACCCAAGGUCUGCGGGGUAGAUGGAUGCCAGAAGACCACGAGUGGAUUUUCGUCUCGCCAUAAGUGCUCCGCGCAUUCCGUGCAUGACGCCUGUUCGAAGGUCGAGGUCAACGGCGUAGAGGUGUGCAACCGGGUGCACCAAAAGCAACUGAAGUUGGCCAAAGCUCAGCAAGCUGCGAGUGGACAGCCUAACGCCGAGUGA